AUGCCCGCCGUAUCAGCCGCCGCAGUGGCCGAGGCAAAGGCGUCGAAGCGCAAGGCCGAAGACGACCAGCCCAACCACGACGGCUCCGACUACGACUCGGACUCGAGCGAUCCCGACUUUAUCAAUGUCGACUUCGACUUCCGAUCGCCCGAGGAGAUCGACUUCCAGGCCCUCAAGCGGCUCCUCCAGCAGCUCUUCUACUCGCACGCCACCCACCUCGACCUCGGCGCCCUCGCCGACCACGUCAUCAAGCUUGCCACCACCGACGGCGUAGGGACCACCAUCAAGAUCGACGGCGACGAGGACCAGGACCCCUACGCCUUUGUCAGCGCCCUCGAGCUCGGCCCCAGUUCAGCCAGCACCACCGAGGCGGCGACGGCGGCCACCGCGACCCUGACAAAGUACCUCUCCGACGUCCUCGGCAAGUCGCCGGCCGCAAAGGACUUUCAGGAUCUCAUCAAAAAGGCCCUCUCGCCCACCUCGACCAACCCGCCCGUCACGUUUGUCCUCCACGAGCGCAUGGUCAACAUGCCCCCCCAGGUCGCCCCACCGCUCUACAACAUGCUCGUCGAGGAGCUCGAGCAGGCCCGGAGCUCAAAGACGCCCGCCCCGACCAGGCCCUCGCACCUCAUCUUCUUCUCGCGCGUGUUCUCGGCCGAUGCCUUCUCCGACGACGAGGCCAUGGACGAGGACGACGACGACGAGGCCACCGGCCUAGCGGGCGCGCGGCGGCGCAAGAACAAGCUCGCCAAGCGCGAGGCAAAGAAGCAGGGUGCCAAAAAGGACGCCGCGCGGGUGCGCGCCAUUGCACAGGGCACCGGCAUCGGCGGCGGCAACAGCGGUGAAGAGGAGCUUGGACUCUUCCACCCAGAGGACAAGGCCCUCGCAAAGUUCGCAACACAUACCCACACCUUCCGCUUCCCGCCACCACAGGAUGCGGCAGACAGCUUCGAGGCGCCCCUCUUUGGCCGCAUCGUCGCCCUGCCCUACGACAAGCUCGCCGAUGUCCUGGCCCAGGUCCAGCUCGACCUCGCCGCCCCGUGA